ACUGAUCAAUCAAUAUUUUUGAGGUUAUCAAAAAAGUCAACAGAAGAAGUCAGCUGGAAAAAACUCCAAUUUUCCUUUUCGAUUUCAUUGUAUUCCACCACACUCCGCGAAAAUGGUGAUUGGACCGAAACAAUUCCAACUUGCAAAGGCAUGGGUAACCUCAGCAGGGCUGUGGGGCGUUGCUGGAACAUUGACCCUUUUCUAUUUCACUGAGUUCAGGACAGUGUUGCAGUAUGUACCUUUGUAUAAUACUAAGUACCGAAACUGGCCUCCAUUGAAUAAGGAGGACUAAAUCUUUGCGCAUAUCUUCAACAUGAAGAAUUUAGGUCUAUUUUCAUCCCAAUGGAUUCAACAGUAAAGGUUUCUCCCUCAUCCGCCUUCUUAUGUUUUAUUUAAUUGUUGAAAUUAUUAUGUAGCAUUUAAGUUCAUAGUCCCAUGUCUGGAAUAUAAAAAAUGAUGUACAGUGAAACAAUACAGCUUUGUUGAAAGUUAAAA